GUCCUCACUUGUGUUCUUGUAGCUACAACAUGCAGGCAGCAGGUGUAAGCCUACAUGAGAUGUUUUGCGUUGUUGGGAAUCAGGGUAUUUAAAUCUACGGUACCCUGUCUAAUUAUCCUAUAUCUAAUAAGAUUACAUUUGCCGUAUUUACACCAUACAAACAAUAUUAAUCCUAACUGCAAAAUUAGAAUAAUUGUAAAGGGGUCAUGGGUCACUAAUUGACUGUUAGUGACACCAUCUUUAUAUAUGUAUAAAGAGGGCAGAGUCCAGAACAACCAUUAUUUGCUUUGUUGCAAAAAGUCAAUACCAUCAAGGUAAGGGUAAAUUAUAUGAACAGGUCCUGGUGAAUCAAAACCAGCCUUUUAUUUCAGAGGAGCAAGGAAACACAGGCUUCAGUUACAAAGGCUUGGACCCUGAAAGCAAAUGGAUUCAAUCAUUUUUGGGUCUUAUUUUGAAUGGGAUGUCAGCAGUCUGCUGCUCUUCUGUGUUAUCUUCAUCCUCACUGCGGAUUACUUCAAGAACCGCCGGCCAGGCAGCUUCCCUCCAGGACCACGGGCCUUUCCUAUUGUGGGCAACAUAUUCACUUUGGAGUACGACAGGAACCAUGAAUUUAUGACAGAGUUGGCAGGGAAAUAUGGAGAUGUGUACAGCCUGCGAAUGGGCCAGGCAUGGGUGGUGGUGUUAAACAGGUUUGAGGUUUUAGAAGAAGCUCUGGUUAAUCAAAAAGACAGCCUGGCAGACCGCCCUGAUCUCCCUUUGGUACAAGACAUAACCAGUGGACUAGGGUUACUUUUCAGUAGUGGGAACUCAUGGAAGCAGCAGCGACGCUUUGCACUUUCAACCCUUCGAAAUUUUGGAUUUGGCAAGAAGUCUGAAGUGGUCAUCUUGGACGAAUUCACAUAUUGCGCAAAAGUCUUCAGAAGCUAUGAAGGCAAGCCAUUCAAUCCACACCUUUGGAUCAACAACGCUGUCUCCAACAUCAUCUGCUCACUGGUUGGCCAUCGCUUUGAGUACAGUAAUACAAAGUUCAUGCAAUUGAUGGAGUGGUUCGGCAAAGGUCUUCAAAUUCAAGCCUCUGUUUGGGCACAGGUGCAUGUUGGCCUGUUCCCAUCCUGUUCCACAGCAAAGGUCCGGAAUGAGAUAGACAGAGUGAUUGGACUGUCCAGACAGCCGUCCAUGGAAGAUCGUCCAAGCCUACCUUACACUGACGCCGUCAUACACGAGAUGCAGAGGAUGGACAACGUAGUUCCUCUCAGCCUGCCUCAUUUCACCAACAGGGAAAUCCAUCUCGGAGGAUACAUAAUCCCAAAGGGAGUCACAGUUAUCCCCAAUCUGACCUCAGCGCUGUUCGAUAAGAAUAAGUGGGAGACACCCGACACCUUCAACCCAGGACACUUUCUGAACAAGGAGGGAAAGUUUGCGAAGCGAGCUGAUUUCAUCCCUUUUUCUGCCGGUAAGCGGUUGUGUCCCGAGGAGAGCCUGGCUAAGAUGGAGCUUUUCCUCUUCUUCACCUCCUUCAUGCAGCACUUCACAUUCUCUAUGCAUGCCGGGGUGGACCAGCCUGUGAUGGACUUUCAGUUCGGCGUCACUCUGUCACCUCGUUCACAUGAACUUUGCGCAACCUCCAACUAAUAAUAGCUCUUUAAGUUCCUUUUUUUCUUUGUGCCCACUGAAAGUGUGUUCAGUGAGGGUUCAGUGGGGUGAGUGUACCAGGGGCCAUGCUGGUUGUAAAGUCUGACCGCUGCAGGAAGGAAGGACCUGUGGUAUCUCUCCGUGAGACACCGAGGGUGCAGCAGCCUGUCACUGAAGGAGCUGCACAGUGCGGACAGGGUGUCCUGGAGGGUUUAUAUAAACUUGCCUUGCCUUGGUUGUGAGACUUCUGGUUUAUAAGGCUAGUUUAGCUAAGCCUGGCAGAUUUACAAUUUAGACUCAUGAAAUUUGUCACUUUGCCUAUUGCUAACCAUGAGCGUUUCUUAAAGCAUUAUAAAAUGAUAAAAUCUUAGCUGCAGAAAUGUUGUCAUUGAAUGUCAAAAUCCCAGAGCAGUGACGACUGAUUUAAACUUCAGAAUAAUAACCGUGAAUUUUCUGUGCACUUACAUUAUUGUAAUGUUCCUAUUACUUUCUUUCUUUAACUGUUGAUAUAAAAGUGUGAUAUAUUUAAAUCAGGUUAUAUUUGGGAUGAACAUGCCCAUGUACCUUUUGAAACACAUGGCCAAGAGGAUAAGUUUUAUAGUAUUCUUCUAUUUUAUUUGAUCUAUAAGGCUGAUGAAUUAAACACUGAGGACACAAUGCCUUUAUUUUUGGAUAAUAAACAUAUAUUUAAUCAGUUGCAUUUAAUAUUUUAUAUGCAAGCAUAUGUGUGAUACCUGCUCUAAAUACUUUGAAUACAUGUUCUGAUAUUGACACAAUUAUUAAAUUAGGUGGGGUAAUAAU